UUGUCGUUGACAACGUAGUGCCACUUCUUUCACUUAAAUUGCGUUGAACUUGUCUUCACUUCAAACAAUCUCUUCCAUCCUCAACUACCAUGGCACCUGCCCGCGCUACGAAACGGAACGCUUCCCCUACUCCACCAUAUCCAGAGCGCUCUGCCAAGCGGAGACGUACUGACCGCAGAGCAGUAAAACUCGUGGAGGUCAGCGGCUCCAUGGAUCAGUUCGGGCAUUUUUACACUGAAAAGCCUGAGUACAAAAACGAACCGCCCCCGACGCUCAAGCAACCAAAGACCCGUAGACCGGCCGCGCUUUUUGUGGGCGACAUGAAGUAUAUCAAAACCAUUGGUCAUGGAAGUACGUGCAUUGUGGGUGUAGUCGAGUCAAACCGUCGCGAAUACCCCCUGGACAAGCGGGGCGCUCUAUUUGCUGUCAAAAUUGUCAGAAAGUGUGUGUUCCGGACAUAUGAAGGCGGCCCACCCGUGCCAGGGAAUCAUGAGAAUUUCAAGAACGUUGAACGCCUUUCUCUGGGCUGCCUCCCUUGGAAUCCCUUUAUCGCAGGUUUGAUCACUACUGACACCGACGACUUCAAUUUCUACACUUUCCUGGAGUAUUUCGCCGGGGGGUCGCUUGAAGAUGUCCUGGACAGUGGUACUCUAUUACCCCAGCCGGCGAGAUUCUACUUUGCUGGUAUAGCCCUUGGUGUCGAUUUCCUACAUCGUCAGGGAUUGCUCCACUGCGAUCUCAAGCCCGACAAUAUCCUCCUCUGUCCUUCUGGAUACCCGGUUCUGACAGAUUUCGGCAUUGUGCGCAAGAUUGAGACGCUGGAGGAGGAUCCGCUAGAGUGGUAUGUGUUGGGCACGUCGCCGUACAUGUGUCCCGAGAUGCAUGAAGAGUGCAAAGCAGACCCGCCUAGAUGCUCGCCUACCAUCAUCGAUUGGUGGGCUAUAGGUUGUACUCUGUUCCAGACGAUUGUGGGUCAUUCUCCUUUCGACCCGAAACACGACGACAGUGACAGUAUAGUACGAAGAAUCGUAAACCGGCAGUUUGUACGAUCUAUCUCCUCCCUGCCUUUGGGACCCAACGGCAAGGACUUGCUAUACAGACUCUUGCACGAAGACCCAUUCAAGCGUAUUGGCGCAAAUGGCAAUGGCAUCGAGGAGAUACAGGAACAUCCCUGGAUGGAAAACAUUGAGUGGGACAGACUUUCUCGGAGGGAGUAUAUAGCACCGUUGAUGAAGACGGGCGUCCCGGUCCAGAAGCAGCGACAUAGGGAUCCGCUUCCGAGGCAGCUUAGGGUGCCAGAGCUACGGAUACGGAAACCGCCAGUUCAUUUGGCGCAUGACGAACGUCUUCAUCCGCCGGUAGAGUUAUAUGAUUGAGGGACCCUGCCGAUCCGCGCGCAUGUCUCUCAUCUCUGUAUCUUUGCAUUGCGAAGUGAUCGCCACGACGACGAUUCUCCUGUCGGAUAUGUCCUUCCUUCUGUGGAGUAACUUAUUGUUCUACGACUCCAAGGGUGUUUUAUUUCUUUUUGUAUUUCUGAAAACCCUUUUUCUAUUUUUUAUGUCAUGUGGAUGCCGCUCAUUGUACGGAUGCUGCGUUUCCAAAUAAUAGCCUGUGCACAUGUUGCCAUGUUUACUCCGCGCCGCCAUAAGCGAGAGCGGAUUCCACGUCAGCAAGCGCAAAGCGAGGCGGU